GACGUUUAAUAGACCUUGAAAACGCUAUAACUCUUAUUCUGAUCUGAAACUUCGAGUUAGAGUUACUGCAACUAAAAGCAAAAUUGGUUUAUUUACUUCGAUUUGGUUGACUGUGGCAUUCGCUUGUGUGAAGUAUUGAAUUUGUAAUACAAUGAUCAGGGCAGUAGUAAUUUUGUUGGUGAGUUUGAUAAGAUGCCUUUUGAGUAUAACAAGACCUUUCUCGGAGAUGAUAUUAUCAUUUUUCUACUUUGUUUUUAUGGAGAAAACAAAACCCUUACCACCAAUAGACAAUAGUAUUUUGCUUCUAUCAGCUACAAAUUUGGCCAAGAAAAUCAGGAACAGACAGCUUAAAUGUGAAGACGUAGUAUGUGCAUACGUAGACAGAGCAAAGGCUGUACAACCCUUUAUUAAUGCUGUAACAGAUGCACGUUAUGAAGAGGCGAUGGAAGAUGCCAGAAAAAUCGAUCGUUUCCUAGCACGAGGUGAAAAGACCCCAGAACAAAUUGAGAAGGACACCCCACUAUUGGGGGUACCUUUUACUUGCAAAGAAGUAGUAGGGGUAAAAGGUUUGCGCCAAACAGCUGGAUUAUACAAAGAUAAAGAUAGAACUGCAGAGAAUGACGGUGAUGCACCAGCUUUAUACAGGAAUGCUGGCGCUAUACCUGUGACUGUAACUAAUAUUCCAGAAUUGUGCCUGUGGUGGGAUACAUCAAGCAUUCCGUUUGGAAAAACUAAGAAUCCAUAUGAUAACAGAAAGAUACCUGGUGGCAGUUCAGGUGGUGAGGGAACACUCAUUACAUCAGCUGGAGCAGUGAUUGGUAUUGGUACAGAUCUUGGUGGAAGUAUAAGAAUACCUUCAGCCUUCAACAGUAUCUAUGGACAUAAACCUUCAUGCGGUAUUGUGUCAAAUCGGGGCUAUUAUCCUUGGAUUGAACCAGAAAAGAUGCCGUUUGACUACAUCAAUACUACAGGUCCCAUGUGCAGAUAUCCCGAAGAUUUAACUCUCUUGAUGAAAGUUUUAUCGGACAACAAUCCCAAACUACAGUUGAAAAGUCAGGUUGAUUUCAAGGAAGUGAAAAUAUACUUCAUAGAAGAAUUUCCAGGCAUUCCAGCUGAGCCAGUUUUAAAGAAAGCUAUAUCGAAAGCAACAAAACAUUUUGAAGAACAAUAUGGUGUAAAGGCACUUCCUCUAAAACUGAAAGAGUUAAAGUACGGUUUUGACUUACUUGAAGCAAAAUUUCUAGAAACGGGCCUCCCACCUUUUAAACUUGUACUAGCUGACGAGCAAGGUAAAGUCAACGUGGGGUUAGAACUUUUGAAAAGUAUAUUAGGAAUGUCCAACCAUACUUUACCAUGUGUUUAUUACUCAAUAACUGAAAAACGUGAUAAAGACCAGCACUACUAUGACUGUUUAAAGCAAGUUGACUCACUCAAACAAAAAUUCAAGGAUAUUUUUAAAGAGGAUGCCAUACUUUUAGUACCAACUCACCCUGAACCACCGCCAUUUACCAUUUUGGACAUACCAAAAUUUCGAAAUGUCAUAUAUACUGCUGUGUUCAAUUUGGUAGGACUGCCAUCAACAAACAUACCUGCAGGUUUGCAUGAUGGCGUUCCAUUUGGUGUACAAGCAGUUAGCGGUCACUGCAAAGAUCACAUAACAAUAGCUGCAGCUCUUGAGUUGCAUAAAUUAUUUGGAGGCUGGAAAAGCCCUUGUUCGAUCGAUGUGAAAUGAAGAAAGUGAAUAAAAAAACCAGUAUAAUGUACGUUUCAUGAA